AUGGAUGUAGCUAAUAUUAUGGAUGUUGUUGAAACCAAGAUAACGUCUGAGAUGGAUGCUCGGCUUACUCGUCCUUUUGAUUUGUCAGAAAUUAGUCACGCACUUUCCCAAAUGAGACCUUUGAAAGCCCCUGGUUCAGAUGGCUUGCCCGCUUUAUUUUUCCAAAAAUACUGGGAUAUUAUUGGGGAAGAUAUUGCUUUUGUUUGUUUGCAGAUCUUGAAUAAUGGCAAGAGUAUUAAGGAGUUUAAACAUACUUUGGCGGCACUGAUUCCGAAGAUAAAGAAUGCAAAGAAUGUGAAGGAUUUCCAACCUAUAAGUCUAUAUAACGUCAUCUACAAAAUUGUUGCAAAGACUCUAGCUAAUCAUUUGAAGAUCAUUUUGCCUGAUAAUGUCAUUAAUAAUGCCACUCUUGCUUUUGAGCUUAUGCAUUCAGUCAAAACAUAA